AUGGCAAAUAGGAGAAGAGAUAAAAAUAACAUUGUAGCUUUACGUAAUGCUAAUGGGGUCUGGCUGAGUAAGAGAGAAGACUUAUCAAGUUUUCUAACGGCUCACUUUUCGGCUAUAACUACAACUACAUCUCCACAACUUCAUGAUUCCUCUUUUUAUCAUAUUCAAGACAGUAUUACCACAGAAGAUAAUCCGUCUCUCAUGAGUAUGCCAACAGAAGACGAAAUCAAACAAGUUGUUAGAAGUUUAAACAGUUGGAACUCUCCAGGUCCUGACGGGUUUCCAGAUGGGUUUUAUCAGUCCCAAUGGGAUAUAGUUAGUACUGACAUAGUUGCUCUAGUUCAGAAUUUCUUUCAUCAGAAAUCACUCCCACAGUACCUCAAUGAAACCACUAUUUGCCUUAUUCCAAAUAACAAUAACCCUUCAACUCCAAAUGAUUACAUGCCUAUUGGGUUAUGUAAUAACAGCUACAAAAUAUUAUCAAAAAUGUUAGUCAAAAGGAUGCAACCUCUGAUGGAAAAGGUCAUAUCUCCAACACAGGAUGCUUAUGUUCCGAAGCGCUAUAUUGUUAUAGCACAUGAAUUAAUACAUACCAUGAAAAAAUCUAGAAGUAAGAAAGGUCUAAUAGCUCUGAAAUUAGACAUGUCUAAGGCCUUCGAUCGUCUAUAA